CGCAGGCGCGCUGGCCGGGGCGGGCAGUGGGGCGGAGGCGCCGCCGCCAUUUCGGAGCGGCCGCGGGGCAGCGCUGAGGGGCGGCCAUGGAGCCCGCAGCCCGCCCGGGCGGCGGCGGCGGCGCCGCGGGGCAGUCCCGCGAGUACAAACUCGUGAUGCUGGGCGCGGGAGGCGUCGGCAAGAGCGCCAUGACCAUGCAGUUCAUCAGCCACCGCUUCCCGGAGGACCACGACCCCACCAUCGAGGAUGCCUAUAAAAUCCGGAUCCGCAUCGACGACGAGCCUGCCAACCUGGAUAUUUUGGACACAGCAGGACAGGCAGAGUUCACAGCCAUGAGGGACCAGUACAUGAGGGCAGGAGAAGGUUUCAUCAUCUGCUACUCCAUCACGGACCGGCGCAGCUUCUACGAGGUGCGCGAGUUCAAGCAGCUCAUCUACCGCGUGCGCCGCACCGACGACACCCCCGUGGUGCUGGUGGGCAACAAGUCUGACCUGAGCCAGCUGCGCCAGCUCUGGGGCUUGAGCAGGCUGUGCACUCGUUGCCAGGUGUCCAAGGAGGAAGGCUGUGCCCUGGCCAGGGAGUUCAGCUGCCCCUUCUUCGAGACGUCGGCCGCCUUCCGCUUCUUCAUCGACGACGUGUUCCACGCGCUGGUGCGCGAGAUCCGCCGCAAGGAGAGGGAGGCCGUGGUGGCCCUGGAGAGGAAAUCCAAGCCCAAAAGCAGCGUCUGGAAAAGACUCAAGUCCCCCUUCAGGAGGAAGAAGGAUUCAGUCACUUGAAGAGGAAAUUGCUCUGCAGAUCAGGACAAAAGCUGUGACCUUUGGUGGCACCUGAGGGGCUGGGUGACACUGAGGGGGCUCCGGGGGGCACUGCCUGGCCCUGCCGGUUGUUUUUGUUCAGAACCAUGUUGCCUUGAUUCUGGGGGUUGAACUUCACCCCCAGUGACAGUUGUGCUUUGUUUGUUGUCAUUUUUUUACUGCCCCCAGCCACCGAGGCCCCUGGGUCGGUGGCCCUGCACUUUGGAGCGUUUGUCCUUGUCACGGCAACCCGGGAGCUGAACUGUGCAAAACAUUGCUGGGGUUGGAGCCAGCCUCACUGAAUCUGUGCUUUUCCCAGCUGGAAAAGAGCAUUUUGCUGCUCAGCCCACAGUGUGAGAGGCUGAACAAAGUGUCAUGGCCUUGGGGUCCCAGAAUUUCUCGUGCCCUCGUGAUUUCUUUCCAGGAAAACGGACGUGGAAUCCUCGUGUGCAAGUCCAUCCAAGUGAUCAGUGCUGCAGACAAGGCAGAAUCACAGAUUCCACCUGGAAGAUUCCACUGGGGUCAGUGCCCCAGGCUGCCACCCAGAGCACUCAGUGCCACGGUGACUCUGAGCAUCCCCUUCCUUCCAAUGCCACCCAGCAGUGCAGGGACACCAGAGUGGGAUUCCUGCUGCAGGCAGCCCUGGAGAGGGGUGUGCUGCACAAAGCCCAGCUUGGAGCUCCUGCCUUGCCCCAAAUCCUGCUGGGAACGGGGCCCUGCCUUCCUCAGCCCCUUCUGGGCCAUCCUGGGGCAGCAGUGACUUUGGGGAGGUGUUCCCAGGGAAAAUUGCUGAUCCUGAGGCUCUGGACCCAGCAGCUCCUGAGCUCACCUGGGCAGGUGAGCCAGGCUCCUUGUGAUGCUCCUGAAAAAGAAUUCAUUGGUGAGGCAGAUCCUCCCCACGGGGGGACUCUGUGCCCUGGGGCUGAUUGCAUUUUCUGGAUUUUCCAGCACUUUUGGGAGCAGUGCCUGGAGCUCCUCAGGAUUUUGCUGUUCAAGAUCCCAGCUGGCUCACUCAGACCUGCUUAAAAUUCAUUUCUCUGAGCCAAAUUCAGAGAAAAAUUCCAGCAAAUUUCUCUGAGAUCCUUCAGGGUGAAUGAGCUGAUCAGACUGAAGGGAUCCUCCUGAUCCCUGUCAGGUCUGUGCUGCUCUGCCAGUGCCCCCAGACUGAAAAUCCAGGUGUGAAAGGGCUGGUAAAGGAAGUGAGGAUUAAAAAAAUCUAUAAAAUAUAUAUAUAUAUGUAAAAAAACCUCCUUGUUACCUAAGAUAGGGCUGGAAAUCCUGUGCCUGUCGGUUUGAAGAAUAUUUCCUUUGUGAAAAACUUCAACAAAAGAGAAGUGUGGCAUUUUAUAUUUGCUUUGUGAUGAGCUGAACCUUUAAAUUGCUUUCCAUUUCAUCUCCUGCCAGUGCCACGCUGCUCUGGCAGCAAUCCCAGACUCCAAAAAAUGCCUUGGAAAAUUCAGAUUGAAGCAAAAAAAUGACUGAGGAGAAUUCAGAUUGUUCAGAAUUCCAGACUCUUCCUGAGCAGCCAUCACUGAUGUUCUCAUUUUUGGAUGAAAAGCUGCCUAAAACUCAGAUAAAACUCUGCUAAAACUCAGAUAAAACUGCUAAAACUCAGAUAAAACUCUGCUAAAACUCAAAUAAAACUCUGCUAAAACUCAGAUAAAAGGCCAAAACCUGCAGGAAGAGGAGGAGGAAUGAGCUGAGCAGAGGCUCUGAGGCAUUUUUGGGUCUGUCAGCUUCAGAUCCAGGCCCUGAUGCUGAUGUUGAAUUUUCCAGUUCUUUUCCUUAAAAUCCCAUCAGCUAAAGGAGCCUGGCAGGGGAAAAUAAAACCAUUUCCACCCCUAAAAAAUGGAAUUUUGUGCCUUGCCCGAGUCCUGCAGUGCAGUUUAGGUGUUUACUAAUUCCUGUUGCUUCUAGAAUUCACAGAGCAGAAGAGCAGCCAGCACUUUUUUGGUUUUGUUUUGGGUUUUUUUGGUGGUUUGUUUUUUUUUUUUUACACAGUGUUAUUCUAAGAGUUUUAUUUUUUGUCUUGUAUAAAUUUGUACACAGAACGAUGGUUUUAUUUGACACAAUAAAUAUAAUUUGGAAUACAAAGCUUUGCU